GUCUUCCGCGCUCUUCUCCUCCUCCUCCUCCUCUUCACCACCUCUUCCUCACCUCUCCUCCCCGCCGCCGUGCGUCCGCUCCUUUCUGCAACAAUGCGUCCUCGUGCGCUCGUCGUGCUUCUCCUCGCGACCCUCCUCGCGUCCGCCAGCGCGUCCGCCCACCACCGCCAUCUCCGCCGCCAGCCUGCGCCUGAGCCUGCACCUGCCCCCGAUGCUGUCCUCGUGCCCCGCGACGAAUCGGACUGCCAGUGCUCGACCUAUGUUGUUGGUGUCUGGGUUGAUUAUGAACCCCCUAAAUCCACACCCACACCCACCACCACCUCCUACUCGUCCACCACCACCGAGGUCGUCUACGUGACCGUCAACCCGUCCGCAAACUCCUCCUUCUGGUCAAACUCCUCCUCCUCCUCCGUCAAGCCGACGCGUUCCGCCUUCUACGGUUACCUCAACACCUCGACCCCCUCCGUCGAGCUCACCACUACCCUCACCGAGACCGGCACCGUCUACCUCACCCCCUCCUCCUCCUUCAUCCCCGUCUCCUCCUCGGCCGAGCCCACCACCACCUUCACCGCAACCGUCCUCGUGACGCCGACGACGACCGUGUCCCUCAACACCACCCUCACCGUCACGCCCUCGCCCACGCUCACCACGACCACCUCCGAGACCGUGGUCACGACCUCGACCGUCUACGUCACCACCACCGUCAAGACAACCGUCACCCCGACCGUCUACACCGAGCUCGUCACCAUCACCGCCAUCCCCGGCCCGACCUACACCAUCGCUGGCGUCCUCACCACCGCCGUCACCGACACCGAGACCAUCGUCGUGCCCUGCUCCACCUACACCGUCUACUCCUCCGACUUCUUCGAGACCCUCGAGACCUCGACCUACUUCAUCACCUACACGCAGACCUCCACCGCCACCUGGCUCGCCCCGGCAUCAACCACCGCCUCGUCCGAGACCGAGCCUACCUCGUCUGCUUACGUCGGUACCCCGGUCGUAGUCCCCGCCAACACCUCGACCGUCGCGUCGUCCGUGCCGACCACCACUCUCGUCCCCACGACCGUCGCGCCCGAGGCCGUCACCACGACCUCCACCAGCAACGGCGUCGAGGUCGUCAUCAUCUCGACCCCUGACGUGACCGUCACGACCGACGCGACCUACUACGAGACCGUCUCCUGCACCUCUGGAGGCGUCUACACCGUCACCGGCGGCGUCGUCACCACCGUCACUGCCGAUACCCUGCUCGCUGUCGCUACCACUGCCGCCUCUGCCAAGCGCCUUGUGCGCCGAGAGGAGACGGUUUUCCAGGCGGAUGACAAGCCGUUGGCUGUUGCUGCUGCUGCUGCUGCUGCUGCUGAAAGCCCGAGUCGACCCUGGGCUAUCUCCUACUCUCCCUACACUGACGAAGGUGCUUGCAAGUCGCCUGCCGACAUUGCGCUCGACAUCAACCUGAUUGCAAGCAAAGGCUUCCGCGCCGUGCGCAUCUACUCCACCGACUGCGGCUCUCUGACCACGAUUGGCAAGGUCGCCGAGGCCAGCGGUCUCCAUCUGAUCCUCGGUCUGUCAAUCAACGAGUCUGGAAUCGAGCAGAACGACGUCCAGCUCGACGAUCUCCUGCACUUCAAGCUCUGGGAUCUGGUCGACAUGGUCGUCGUCGGCAACGAGGCCGUGUUCAACGAGUUUUGCACCGCCGCCGAACUCGCGACCUACAUUGCCCACGUCCGGAAUACUCUCAGACGCGCCGGAUACGAGGGACCGGUGACGACCGCUGAGACCAGCUCUGUUUUGGAUUCCUACGCAUCCGUGCUUUGUCCUGCCAUCGACGUCGUCGGCGUCAACGUGCACCCGUUCUUUGACGCGACUAUCAGCCCCGAAGACGCGGGCCUGUUUGUCAAGCAAAACAUGCUUCACGCCAAGUCUGCCUGCGCAUCCACGCACAAACUUCCUGUCGCGGUUCUCGAAACAGGCUGGCCGUCGGCCGGAGCAGAGGCGAACGGCGCAGCGGUCCCGGGCAAAGCAGAGCAGGCCGCAGCAGUCACGAGCAUCAUGUCUGAAACUGACGGGGGCAACGACGUCGUGUUUUUCACUUUUGCCGAUGAUAUGUGGAAGUUGGCGGGUUUGUUUGGCGUCGAGCAGAGAUUCGGGCUCAUCGACGUCUUCUGAUCCCCCUUUUUUCUCUAAACUACUCUCGGUUUUGAUAUCGUCUUUUCUUGCUCUGGCGGGCGAGAAAAGACUUGACGCACGCGAGGACCCUUUCUUUCCUUAACUUUCCCUUUUACUUUUUGCUUACCUUUUUGAUUAUAAUGAUUUUUUGAAGUUCUGCGGAAAUUCCUUUCCCAGAGAUGAU